AUGUGUCGCUUUGAAUUCGUGGGGCGCGGUCUAUUAUACUGGCAGCGUAAGAACGGUCCAACGGAGAGAAGGAAUUUCCCUAGGGAACUCUCGAAGGAGAAUUCUGUCGCUCAAGAUGACUUUCCCCUUCUUUCACCUCCGGAGAAAGCUCUCCUCGCCUCCGUUGUCCAUCUAAGCCGACUCCACGCGCAGCUGCGGAAAUAUGCCUCCGAUAUAUCCUCUGCGAGUCCAUCAGUUAUAUGCCGCUCAGUCUCCACAGCUGUUAUUGGAACGCAUCUAGGUGAAUUCCAGAAGAAGAUACUGGAGGUUGAGAGGGCAAUCCUUGCCGAGGACAGCGGAUAUGUCGGAGGGUAUGGUAUUGUCCCAUUGUCGACUAUCGUGGGAGAGUUCGCACCAUGGACGCGGCGCAUGGAAUGGCUCUGGACUAUUAUCCGGUUCAUUCAACCAGAAAGGAAAAACACCGAACCUUUGCAUGGCUCCACGGGGGCAGCGCUCAUAGAUCACCUGCGGACCGAAGCUCAAACAGGAUAUCUCGAUAUCAAAGACAUGGCCCUGCAAUUAGCGACAACGGCUGAGACAGCAUGGAUGAAACAGCUUUCGAUGUGGUUACUUUAUGGGAAUCUUCCCAUCUACGGGAAGGAGGACUUUUUUAUCCAAGAGGAUACCGAAAAGGAGAAUGACGAGGCACAAUUCAGCAUAAACGUCCGAUUGCUCCCAAAUUUUGUCACAGCACAAACAGCAGGCUCAAUACUAUUCAUUGGUAAAUCUCUCAAUCAUAUCCGGGCGAAACGGAAAACCUCAAUAGCAGGAACCUCUACUGCGCCGGUUACGUUAUAUCGGGAGCACAUCGAGCAACUUGCAGGCCUGAAAUCACCAAUUUCGCCUUCAAAACUGACUACCGCCGUUGACUCCAUUCGCCUUUCCCUUUCUCAAUCAACCUUGUCGAAAUUGUUGCCCCUCCCAAAAAUUCUAGAAAUUCUUACUUUGCUUCACAAUUUCCUUUUACUAGGACGAGGGGAGUUUGCGGUAGCUCUUGUAGCACAUGCAGAUUCCCGCAUUGAGGAAAGCCGACGCCGAGGCCCAUCAGCGACUCGUCCUUUGGGAAAACCUGACGUCCUUACCGUCAAAGAAGGUGAUGUCACAGCUGCUCUAGCUGAAGCAUGGGCAGAGCUUUUCUCGCUGGAAAAGGAGGAGGACCCGGCCGACGAAGAACUUGAACUUGCCCGGGACCUUCUUUCUCUGUCCAUUAGUGGCCGCAAAAGUGGCCGACCGAUGACGCCUGCCCAAACUCCCAACUUAUUAUCCAAAAUCUCAAAGGUCUCAUUUGAAGACCUGCUCUUCCCCACGCCGACAACCCUCACUUCACAUAUCCGAGCUCCUCUAGACCUGUUCAUCUCGAGCUCUGAUAUUGUCAUAUAUUCUAAGAUUCAUUCUUAUCUCCUGGGAAUACGGCGGGCUCAAAUCCGGCUUGGGGAUCUUUGGAAACGAACUCCGUUGCGGCGAAACUACCCUACGCCAUGGGGACCGCCCAGAAGCAACAGUAUCUUUGGCCAAGCAAAGCUAAAGGCAAGAAGAGAUAGAGAUAAUGCCCGUGUUCGCCAAAUGCGUCAUAUCUGGGCCACAGGAAGUGCAUGUCUAUUUAUGCUUUCCGAGAUCGGUGGCUUUUUCCAAGGAGAUGUUGUCAAUGAGUCGUGGCAGCACCUUCGCCAAUGGAUUGAAGGAAGCUCUUCAUCUACAGCAUCAGCCCCUGGGUCCCGACCUGGAACCGCAUCCUCUUCUAAAUCGCAGCAUAGUUCCAAGACAGUGUCUCCUAACCAGAUUCCGACCAGAGACUUCCCCGAGUCUGGCCAACAGACCAUGGGACGGCACGAUCCCGAGGCUCUCACGGUUGCACACCGGCGGCACUUGUCAUCGCUGGUCCAGUCCCUCUUUUUGACUGAACUACCCUUCACAAACACCAUGAGAGGACUACUCACAAAUAUCGACCGCUUCGUCGCCCUUGUGAUCCGGUUGGAAACCAUCCAACGCAACAUGGAUCUAGAAACAGAUGAAGGCGUGGAAGACGCGUUGGUGGAUUAUGCCCAGGAAGAACGCGAUGUAUGGGAAGAGUUACGUACCACUCGAAACGAUGUCGAGACGGGUAUUAAGAAUCUCGUUGGGACCCUGCGGGACAUUGACGAUAGUCGCUCGGGAGAAGGCAAAGGACCCGUGGAACUAGCAACGAACUUCGGUCAUAUGUGGCCUGGUUCCCGGCACGUUGAUGACAGCACGAGCCCCGGGUUCAGUCAUUACGUGCCCCAUAAAGCAGCGGGGGUAGAUCGUCUGCUCAUGAAACUAGAUUUCGGCAGCCUUCGCAGCGGCUUCGGACACGAGACGAAUGUGGGUUUCGCCGCUUACCUGGUUCAUCCUGCGACCCCCGCAAAUAUUGAGAAGAUAAUGGAUCGCCAUGUUGUGCUAGAUUGGUACAAUAACCUAGACUCUCGGGUCGUUGACCUCGUCGGUGACUUUGUUGGUGACGAGCUUUUCAUAAUCGAAGGAGAUUCGCUUCUGCUCGAAUGCUUUUCCAACGACAAACUUGAUUUCAACCCUGGUUUCCAGGUCUUGCAUGCGACUUACCUUGCCGAGAAGUUGUUACAAAAGCUUCAACAGCGCAAGUGUUUCUUCGAGAUUGUCUUUUUCGCCGAGAAUGCCUCAUUAUGCAUUCCCAAGGGAGUUCACAGAGACCUCCACGCGAGGUACCUCCUUGCCCGAGAGGCGAUCAUACAGCAUCUUGUGUCUAUUCGCGUCCAACCAUCGCGAUACUUCCAGGUUCUGAGGUUUGAUAACUUCCAGUCCGAUGAGUUUAAAGCUCAUCUGAUAAGUUCGGGGGCCUAUUUGUUCAUGUGUCACGAUGGUGCUUCUUCCGAGCAAAACAAGGAUGAUAUUGCUAGUGAUAUCGACAGCAGCGAUUCUGAAAGUGAUUCUGACAGCAGCGAUCUCGAAGAUGGUGACCAGAAAGGUUCUUUUGUCGAUAAGCGAGGCGAGAUCUCAAGGUUCAAGCUCCGCGCGAUGAUCUACUGGUUCGUUGUCCACGGAUACAACAUUGCUCUCAUCAAUAGUCUUGAGUUCCGUGACACCAAGGUCAUGGCAAUGGUGAUUGAAAGCUCCAUAAAAACGAAUCCCUUAUCGACUGGCCCUGAAACAGACGAUCCCGAUCAAUUGUGGAAUUCCCUCUCCCAAUUGGAUAUUGAGGACAGCCAAGACCAAGCGGAGGAUGCGCUGGACUACGAUUCCAUCAAAAACGAAUCGUCAAACCAGGCUCAAACAGAUAACUUUCUUCAACAGGCACUUCUUGAGAAGCCCGAGCUGUCGCAGCGCCAAUGUCUGGUGGUUGCUACGCUUAGCUCCAUGCUUUUGGGUAGCGUGACGGAUAGCCUCGAAAAUAAGAUUGGAGCACAGUCUAUGCUUUUGCACAUUGUACUUUUACAAAACACGCAACUGUCGGAUCGAUCAAUCCAAACAACAACUGUACCCAAAAACUUGAAGUUUUUCAAUGAAUUCGUGAAAACCGCGAAUGCUUUGCUCAGCUCGAAGCUUUGGGAGAAAGAAAUGAGCGACCAUAGCCUACCUUGCGACCUGUCUGACCUCGUGGACGGAACAUUGUUCUUCGGAGUCCAGUGGAUGGUCGAGAAACUCGGCAUCCAAACAGUAAUUUCAUCGGCCACACAAUCCCCGUUCAACACUCUUGCGUCUCUGGUGGACCGCAUUUGUGGAACAACACUGCAAUGUGAAGCGAUUGGGGGAGCUCCCGCUCCCUUGGAACAUACCACUCACGGAAUUAUCUCUAAGCCUUAUCAUGGCUUUGAAAAGGUGCUUCCAUUUAGCAAUGCAGUCUUCGAUAAAAUUCUGGAGCCUGUCCAGCUCGUAGUCGAUGAAUCUGCCGAUGCGAAGAGUGAUUCGCAAGUUUUCAAGGAGUUCAAAGAAGAUAGCCACUGGCAUAGCUCCAGGCCCCUUGAUCAAAAGAAAGUCAUCCUAACCCCCCAAGAGGUUGAGCGAAACCACAAACGAAACCAGCGUUUUAUGGCCGAGAUGAGAGAUUAUGCUGCAAGUCUCUCUGGAUCACAACCAGAGCCGAUUGUUGUCGAAUCUUCCAGUAGUUCACGUCAGAAGUCUCACCAAACUCCUUCGGCAAGCAGAGACGUUGGAACCCACCCGACGACCUCGAAAUCAGACAAGAAAUCUCACUCCAAAUCUGGUAAACCAUCCACCAAAGAGAUGGCCGCAGCUUUCGUUCAUCAAAAAGCAAUGGAAGUCACUCAAAAACAGAGACAGAAGUGGAAAAACGUGUACAAUGACGAAUUUUCUCUCAUCGAUGAUCUUGUGACUCGUUUUACGAAGCUCAACGGAUACUUAACUAGUCUACCUAAAGACAGUCGACAGGUUCUGGAGCCCGAAAUUCUGACUUGCAUGAUUGAUACAUUGCUACGCCUUCUCUUUUUCGAACGCAUAAAUCCGCAGAAUAAAAAGCAUAUGUUGAUCGUGACACGCAUUUGGGAGAUCGUCACUUCUCUUGUGAAAAUCAAGCAGGGUAUCUCAUCCGAUAUUGUCGCAUAUGUCUCGACUGUCUGUGAAGUACUUGGUUUGCCAGCUGCCCAGCUUCAUGCCGAUAGUGAACAGAAACUAUCUUUCCCGGCGUUCAAAAUUCCUAAAGCAGCACCCAGCAUGAGUAUUGAGAUGAGCCCAGUUGAAUUCCAGCUUCUACAUGGUGGGCCUUUCAUGGAGCGCAGCAUAGACUCAUUGCCCGACUCCCGGACGCCUGAUUUUGCGCCCGACCGCUGGCAGCGUGAAGUUCUGGACCAGAUCGAUGCAAAGAAGAGCGCAUUCAUCGUGGCCCCAACGAGUGCAGGAAAAACAUUUAUUUCCUUCUAUGCGAUGAGACAGAUUUUGAAAGAAGAUAACGAUGGAAUUCUUGUUUAUGUUGCCCCCACAAAAGCUCUUGUCAAUCAGAUCGCAGCUGAGGUGCAAGCCCGAUUUUCCAAAACCUUCCCAGCCAAAACCAGCGGGAAAUCGGUUUGGGCCAUCCACACAAGAGACUACCGCAUCAAUAAUCCUCAGGGAUGCCAAAUUCUCAUCACGGUGCCCCAGAUUCUUCAGAUCAUGCUGCUUAAUCCCUCGAACGCCAAUGCAUGGACUCCCCGCUUGAGGCGUAUCAUUUUUGAUGAGAUUCAUUGCAUUGGCCAGGCCGAUGAUGGUGUCGUUUGGGAACAACUGCUUCUGAUGUCCCCAUGCCCAAUUAUAGCACUCUCGGCUACCGUCGGAAAUCCCCAGGAAUUCUACAACUGGCUUGAUUUUGCCCAGAGAAGCAAUGGAUUUGACCUCAAAAUGAUCCAGCAUCACCACCGUUAUUCGGACUUGCGGAAGUACGUGUACCAGCCCCAUGGUGACUUCUCGUUCAAAGGGUUUUCCAGCACUCCUAGCUUGGCCCGUUUGGGCCUCGAUGGAGCAGAUGAUAUGACGUUCGUUCAUCCUGUCACUAGCCUUUUGGACCGCACCAGAUCGAUACCAGAUGAUCUUGACUUUGAGCCACGUGACUGCUUCACCCUCUGGAAAGCAAUGAAGGACCUUCAAACAAAGCAGUUCCCUGUUGAUCCAUCUCUGGAUCCAUCCAUCUUUUUCUCGAAUACUGUCAUCCAAAAAGUACAUGUCAUAGAGUGGCAGGGACAACUGAAAAAGUUGUUAGGGGAGUGGAUGAAAGACCGGGAAUCUCCAUUUGAGACACUUUUACUCCAUCUCGAACACCCAACAGGGUUUGUAGUCGAGAAAGAAAAGGACUUAUCGAAACAGGUGUCUCGGAUGAAUGGCCUAUCUGGCACCCUACACGGGAACCUGGUCGACACAACCCUCCCUUUGAUCGCCUCGUUACACGCUCAGAAUGCCCUCCCCGCGCUAUUCUUCAAUUAUGACCGCGGUAGAUGUGAAGAUAUAUGCCAAUCGCUGUUGACACAGCUACAAAAUGCCGAGACAAAAUGGAAAGAAGAGAGUCCGGUAUGGAAAUCCAAGAUUGCCAAAUGGGAAGUAUGGAAGACAUCCAAGCUGUCAGCAAAGAAGAAGCUUGAAAGGGCUACCAAGAAGAAAACAAGUGGAAACGCUGACGAAGAGCCAAUUUCCAAGGCAGAGCAAGCCAAAGAAUCAGCAUCUACCGAUUUCGGCUGGCUUGAUCUCUUUGAUCCGAAGAGGCCUGUGGAUGGAUUCCAUUUGGCUGACUUCAAGAAAGUACCCGCUUCCGAGUUCCUUGUUUAUUCCAAGCAGUUGCAGUGGCGCUCGGUGCCUCAAUGGUUGAUAGAUGCCCUAGAGCGAGGAAUUGGUGUCCACCAUGCUGGUAUGAAUCGCAAGUACCGUCAAGUUUGUGAGAUCCUCUUUAGGAAAGGCUUUUUACGUGUCGUUAUUGCAACUGGAACUUUGGCUUUGGGUAUCAACAUGCCUUGUAAGACAGUCGUUUUUUCAGGCGAUUCCAUUUUCUUGACAGCCCUGAAUUUCCGCCAAGCCGCCGGAAGAGCAGGUCGCCGUGGAUUCGAUGUCCUGGGAAAUGUUGUUUUCCAGCAGGUCCCACCAUCCAAGGUGCAACGACUGAUGAGUUCGAGACUCCCAAGUCUCAGUGGACAUUUCCCCAUUACGACAAGCUUGGUUCUACGGUUGUUCAUCUUGCUAUAUGGAUCAAAGCAAGCUCCGUCUGCCGUGAAAUCAAUCAAUUCGAUCCUCUCAAGUUCUCGCAUUCACCUCGGUGGCCCUGAGAUGAAGCAGACGGUGCUCCACCAUCUCCGAUUCUCUAUCGAAUACCUCCGACGAAACAAUCUUCUUAGCAGUACAGGUAUGGCUGUGAAUUUUGCGGGCUGUAUCUCUCAUCUGUACUACACAGAGAAUUCUAGUUUUGCUUUCCAUGCCCUACUGAAUUCGGGAUACCUCCAAGAUCUCUGUCAGGACAUAGAGACAAAGCCAAAAAAGACUCUUGAAACUCUGAUGCUGGUCAUGGCCCACCUUUUCGGGCGUAUUCCCCUGCGAGAGUCCACCUUGGAACGGUUCCAAAACGCGGAAAAGAAGCCUUCCUCGAUCGUGGCUCUUCCACCUUUACCGAGAAAAGCAGCCUCCGCCCUACGUGCUCACAACAGACAGGUCCUAGAUGUCUACACUGGCUAUUUCUCCACUUUUGUCGAGCAGCAUAUCAAGGAACCAGACUGUUCGCUACCAUUCAGUGGGAUCAAGUGCGGUGGAGAAAGUUCCUGCGAGCAACUCGGGUUCUCGCAGUUUGACCACAUCUCCCCAUCAAUCAUAUCACCAUUCUUCGCCCUUUCAGGAAACGGAGACCAAUGCAGUACUGUCUUCGAACUCAGUCAGAUGGUUCGCAGUGGCGUUUGGAUUGAGGAUUCCGUCAUUCCAUAUGUGGCUGUUGAUCCCAACGAGAACGCCAUCCCUCUCAAUGCAUACCUGUAUGACUUCUUCAAGCACGGAAAUGUUUCUCAGUUGGAGACUGCAAACCGCAUCCGUCGCGGAGACAUCUGGUUUGUGCUGAACGACUUCUCAUUGACUCUGGCUACCAUUAAGACUAGCAUUGAGGGCUUCCUCAAGCCUGGAAGCAAUAUCGGUGCAGACAUGCUCGAUGUUGCUGGCGGAGGCGACGAUUACGAAAAUCUCGUGGAUGAUAAGGCCGUUGAUCAGAUUGAGGCUGAAAAUGCUGGAAAGAUGGACGUCAAACUAGACAACAAGCAGGCGUCUGCUGCCCCCGUCCCCACCUCUCGGCCCCGGGCGAAGAAGGUUGUGAUUGAUAGCUGGGAGGAUGAGAUGGAUGAUGAAGAUGAUGAAAUUGAGGAUGAAGCCAUCAAUGCUUCCAAAGAUGCGAGCAACGGGCUCAGCUCUAAAAAUACGCAAGAGCCAGUGGAUAAUUCUUACCGAUCCAUGUUCUUGGUUGCCAAGGCCUUCAAAGAACUGCACGCCGAGUUUGAUAACAAGUUCAAGGCCAUGUGGGCUUAA